CUCCCACCCUGUGGGUAUCCAGGGCUCAAUACAGAGGCUACAAGCCCCACCCAAGAUGUUCGGGAGCCCCCAGUCCCUCCAGCUCCUCCACCCCUGCCUUCCUCGCUCCCCCUCUAUGCCUCCUGCCCCCCUCGGUCUUCUGUGCCUGCACCCCCUCUGCCAGGUGCAAACAGCAGCAGUGAAACACCACCCCCACUGCCCCCCAAGUCUCCUAGCUUCCAGGCUCAGCCCCAGAAGCCCGCGGUGCAGGCCCUGCCCGCACCACCAGCCCCUCCGGGACCUCAGUUCCUGCAGAAGAAGAGACCGGGCCGAGGCCCAGGGACCAGUGGGGGGAAGCUAAAUCCGCCCCCGGCUCCCCCUGCAAGAUCCCCCACCACGGAGCUCUCGAGCAAGAGCCAGCAGGCCCCAGCCUGGACCCCGACCCAGCAGCUGAGAAACGGAAGCUUACACAUCUUGGAUGACUUUGAGUCUAAAUUCACCUUCCAUUCUGAGGAAGACUUUCCUCCCCCGGAUGAAUAUAAACCGUGCCAGAAGAUUUACCCCAGCAAGAUCCCCAGAAGCCGCACUCCUGGUCCUUGGCACCCAGCCGAGGUGAUGGGGCAGCCCCCGGAUGACAUCAAAGGCAGAAAUUCUCAGCUCCCGCUGAAGACGCUGCGGUGAGACGGCAGAGGAAGCCAGGCCCGGGGAGCCCCGGGAUAUCGUGCCAGCCCCCAGCUCACUCACCAGGCACUUCAGUUGGCAUACGAGCUCUGCCGAAGCAUUUCUUUAUUGUAAAUAGGCGGUUUGCACAGGCUUUAAAUCAGUGUUGUAGUCAACUUUUAUUUGCCUAAUUUAAAAACGAAACCAAUUUUUCUCCUUUAAAAAAAAAGUGCCUGGCAGUCAUUGACCAGGACAUAUAGAGCCCCAGCCCUUAGCGUCCAUUCCAUGACUGUGUGUGUGUUUGUGUGCGUGCGCGUUCUCACAGGCUGGUCCUCCCUAGAUUCUGAAGCAUUUUUAGAAGGAGACCUUCAUCUCCAGGUAGUCCCCAAGCCACAGCAUCCACAGCAGCUUCUGACUGGCAUGGCUUUAUUCUCGUUGCACCCAAUGCAAACUCAGACAAACAAUGCCUUACGACGGAUGCAGCUCAGAGCGAGUCAUGUAUCCCGGCCCCCACACCGAUGAUACCGCCAUGAAGCCUCCGACGCACGAGACUCCAUGCUCGCACCUGUCUCUCAGGACAGGGAAUUUUUUUGCUUCCGAAUGUAAAUAUGACACAAAAUCAAGGCAGGAGGGGGCUUGGCCCCUCGACUGAUGCCCCAGGGUCCCUUUGAUAAUGGAUUCAUCCUACAGGUAGCCAAUGAUUUAACUGUUUACAGCCCCCUUGUGCCCAGUUCUCCAUGGUGAAUUUCCAUCCUGCCCCCUCGCAAGCCCCAUCCCCAUCCUUGUAAUCAGGCUGAGGUGAACUGUAUGGUAUUUCGGUAUUUUCCCUGCCGGUUAGAAAUAUAGGCAAUGCAUAGUAAAUCACUAUUUUUAUCUCAGAGGUCUCCCCCACCCCCACCCCCACCCGGAAUGUAAGAUUUGCAUGGAAAAUAGGACGUGGAAAGGUGAAGACCAAAACAGUGAUAAAGCAAAACCUUAAGAAAUGCUGACUCCCCUGCCAGGGUCAGCCGACUCCAGCAACCCUCAGCCGGGUUUCUAAGCCUGUCCACUCUCACCAGAGCAAGCAGCCUUGUCCUGCCCCCACUCCCAGCCCCAGCCCCUCAAAGGGGAGUGGGUUUGAACUGCUGACCUUCUGAGCAGCCCCAUACUUAACCCACAGCGCCAACGGGGAACUUACCCAUCUGGCAAGCCUUAGCUCCCUUCUAAGGAGGAGUUGGCUGACAGCUGCCCCGUCCCUGUGAUGGUAGCUCACCCCUGGCUAUGGAAAGGGCCAAGAUGACCGGGGACUUCGCCUCUCACUCUCUUUCUAGAGCUGGCCUGGGAACAGAGUGUGGAUUGCUUGCACCCUAUGUUCCCCACCCUUGGAGGGAAGGGUUGGGUGGGACCCAGAAUCCAUUGGCAUCAAAUCACUUCCCACUCAAGGUAGAACUCCCCUCGGUGGGUUUCCAAAACAGUGACUCUUCACGGGAGUCAAAAGCCCCCUCUUCCUCCCCAAGAGCCAUUGGUGAGGCUCGAACUACAGACCUUGCAGUUGGCAGCCCACCAUGUACCCCACGGUGCCACCAGGCCUCUCUGGGUCAGAGGAAGGAGUCGAACAUCGAAGCACGCAGCUGGUCUUUGGAUUGUGUUCAGAAUGGUUCCAGACUCAAAGACCGGGGAGAGGAGAAGUAAGGAGGGAGGAAAAGUGAAUACAAGAAAAAAAUAAGUUUGAAUCGGAACCGUCCACACACCUUACUGCUACCCCGUGUCCCCAGUCCGUGCCAUCCAGAAAAGGCCGCUGUCUGGGCAGGUUUGGGCGAGCACAGGGCAGAAACCUAGCUGCUGUCUCCGGCUUCCUACAUCACUGCCCACCGUGCUUCCUCUCCAGGUAGCAGCAAUGGAGCAGGGUUAAGCUCCCUUCCCCGGGAGCAAGCCAUGCCAAGUUGUCCCCCCUAAAUCGACGGGAAAGCAGCCUUUGUAGGCCGUCAGCUCUGAACAUAACUGCUCUGCUGAAUUGCUUCUGGAAUGUUUCCAAAAGGUCAGAACUUCUUAGUGUCCAUUCCACGUCCCUCCCAGUUGGGUAACAUGAUCACGAAGGUUUUACUUAUCAUGAUUAAGGAGGUUCUAGACAAAGGCAACCCACCCGCAUAGUAGAGCGCCUACCCCGGCAGGGUGCUGAUCCACACAUGCGCCGCACUGCCGGGUGGAAAUUAAAAAAGGAUAGGGGAAGGGAAGAGCAGGCACCAAAAGUCACCACAAGGGAGAAAUCUCAGGAAUCCGGCCUCACAUCCCUUCCAGAGACCCAUCACCGAGCUCAUGGGCUCUGGAACUCAUUCGCUGCAGCCCCCCAUCACCACCCCCUCCCUGACAGUAUUACAACUUAACCCCCUGAUCAGAAGUCCAUACCUAGAGGCAUUCAACCAUCCCCGCAUAUUCUCGCCGAUGCGAGAGGCUGUGACCUUCCCUGCCCCAUCCCAACCUCUCAUAAGUAUUUUAUAUUUAUUGAUGUUUAUCUCUGCAGAGCCCUUUCUUUGUACCUAAUAAACGUCAGUAAGUGGAAA